AUAAGACUUCUAGAGCUACUUCCAAAAACUCAAUGGCGGAACAAUUGCCAGCCCGCAUGUCGACUAUUUCACACUAGUCUUGAUAAACAUCCGCCCUACCUGGCCUUGUCAUAUGUUUGGGGAGAUAAGAGCGACCCUAGGCGCAUACUAGUCGACGGAUGUACUUUCGAAGUGACACGGAACCUAUUCGAAGCACUGAGCGGCAUAGUCGAAUCAGAGAGUUUCAUUAUCUGGAUCGAUGCAAUAUGCAUCAACCAGGUGGAUGAUGAAGAAAAGGGGUGGCAAGUCGCUUUAAUGGGUGACAUCUAUCGACAGACAUCUGAAGUGAUAGCGUGGCUUGGACCGUCAGCGCACAACAGUGAUGCUGUUCUGGAGCACCUAGAUAUACUGGGUUCGAUUUCGGAAUCACUGGGUCUUCCUACAGACACCUCACUCUGCUUGACCGCGUGGAAAUCCCAUCGUUAUCUGCUUCGAUUGUCUGAUCUGGAUCAUCUCUUCCGACGCCAAUGGUGGAGCCGAAUCUGGGUU